AACUCCAAAUAUGCAAACAUAAAGCACAGUGUGUUUGUAAUUUCAGGAUUCAGAAAUCAUAGGGCUCUGAUCACUCAGCACUCCUUGAGUGUCCUCCUGAUCCUGACUCAUUCUGAGUAAAAUCAGCAGGGACAUCUGACCAUGAGAUGGGGGUUGGGGAAUUAUUGCCCAAGUCCUCCAGAGCACACUUGAGAUCUGUCUGGCACAUCGGAUUCCUUCUCUCCAGUAUGCCUUGCUCUCCUGGAUUAAAAGGAAUUAGGGAUGGGGAAAUUUAAACUAUUCAGGUCUGGACUUGGUUUCCCUCCAGGAGCAUAUGGUUCAUUAGCAAGUCUUAAAACUUACAGGCAUAAACCUGUGUUCUUGAGGGUUUGUAUAUGCAGUCCAGCUAGAAACUGAAUCUGUCCUAUGUAUUAUCUUUUCUAUUCCAAGGACUAUCUUUUCCUCUUCCCCCAUCUCUGUUUAUGGAAGAAAAUGGGAGUUUGGGGAUGUGGUUUAGGUACUGAACUAGACUCUUAUGAUCUGUCACAUGCUUGGAUGUUGGGGGAAUUAUUUGGAGAAGCUCACAUGACUGGUCUUGGAUCAGGGAUUUUAAUAAUUGAAACAGAUAAUGUUCAUCAGGCAUCCCACCAUCUGAGAAUUUUAGCAACAAAGAAGUCACAUGUGAGUUUGUCAGCGUUUAAUGGCACUGAUUCAAGUAAAGUCAUUAAUAACUAGGAGUGCUAGUUUUUUUGUUACUUUCAGAACCAGUUUCAUCUGGACUUCUUAGGCAUAUCCUUCCUCAGCAGCAUCAUAUUAGGCUGGGAAAGCUACUGACAACUUUUAGCCAACAAGCUUAUAAACUACAAGUCAUUUUGGAGCCUUUGGCUUCCUACAUAUUCUUUUCUAGUCUUUUUUAUUUAUUCCCUCAUCCUUGCUGUGAGGGUCAGACACAAAUUUGAAAACUAAGGUUUCAAAGUUGGAGGGAUGGGUGAUAACAGGAAAAGGACAGGAGAAGAUGUAAUCCCCAAUAUAAUAAAUACUAUAUAAUAAAGAAGGAUGGGGGAGACCAGGACUGUGUCUUAUUAACCAUCCAAGUGAAGGUAAGCCCCAAGUUGUGUAAUGUAUAUUGAAGUCUUUUUUUGUUUGCUCUCAAGGACAGUCCUGUAAAACUAAAUACCUAGCAACUUUCCACCCUGGCACGCACACACUACACGGACACAGAAACAUUGCAAAUCCGCUGCCUCCUUCCCUCCCCAACCCUGCUCCUCUCAGCAUUUCUUUCCCCGCCUCCCUCCUCUAUUCAAAUUUUCCAGCCCACAGCUGAAACUGACUUCCGCAAUCCUGAUGGAAUAAAUCCAGCACCCCUAGUCAUCCGCCCACAUAUCCACACUCCCCAGCGAACGGAGCCCAGAGCAGAUUCCUAUCAGCAGGAUGUGGGGACUCAAGUUUCUUCUGCUGCUGCCCAUGGCAAGCAUUGCUCUAUAUCCUGAGGAGAUACUGGACACCCAGUGGGAGCUAUGGAAGAAGACCUAUGGCAAGCACUAUAACAACAAGGUGGAUGAAAUCUCUCGGCGUUUAAUUUGGGAAAAAAACUUGAAGCAUAUUUCCAUCCAUAAUCUUGAGGCCUCUCUUGGUGUCCAUACAUAUGAACUGGCCAUGAACCACUUGGGGGACAUGACCAGUGAAGAGGUGGUUCAGAAGAUGACUGGACUCAAAGUACCUCCCUCUCAUUCCCGCAGUAAUGAUAGCCUCUAUAUCCCAGACGGGGAAAGCAGAACUCCAGACUCCAUUGAUUAUCGAAAGAAAGGAUAUGUUACUCCUGUCAAGAACCAGGGUCAGUGUGGUUCCUGUUGGGCUUUUAGCUCUGUGGGUGCCCUGGAGGGCCAACUCAAGAAGAAAACUGGCAAACUGUUAAAUCUGAGUCCCCAGAACCUGGUGGACUGUGUUUCUGAAAAUGAUGGCUGUGGAGGGGGCUACAUGACCAAUGCCUUCCAGUAUGUGCAGAAGAACCGAGGCAUUGACUCUGAAGAUGCUUACCCAUAUGUGGGACAGGAUGAAAGUUGUAUGUACAACCCAACAGGCAAGGCAGCUAAGUGCAAAGGGUACAGAGAGAUUCCUGAGGGGAAUGAGAAGGCCCUGAAGAGGGCAGUGGCCCGAGUGGGACCCAUCUCUGUGGCCAUUGAUGCAAGCCUGACCUCCUUCCAGUUUUACAGCAAAGGUGUGUACUACGAUGAAAACUGUAAUAGCGAUAACCUAAACCAUGCAGUGUUGGCAGUGGGAUAUGGCGUCCAGAAAGGAAACAAGCACUGGAUCAUUAAAAACAGCUGGGGAGAAAACUGGGGAAACAAAGGCUAUAUCCUCAUGGCUCGGAAUAAGAACAACGCUUGUGGCAUUGCCAACCUGGCCAGCUUCCCCAAGAUGUGACUUCAGCCAGCCAACCUCAUCCUGCUUUCCCGUUCCUUCCACGAUGGUGCGACAUCCUGAUGUACUUUGGAAGGGAGUUGGUGUGCAUUUCUUGAAGCAGAUGUAGCAAUAUAGAGAUUGUCCAUUCAGUUUCUCCGUUUGUGCUUCAAGGGACACCCCUACUACUUUCCUUCUCUCCAUCCAAGGCCUUUAUUUUUCAGUGUGGCCACAGUAGGAAUUUCCCUAGAAAGAUUCUCAUUCAUAGUCUGUAAUUAGCUUUAACCACCUAGAAGACUAAGGUGACCUGACCUCUCAGUCUCCAAGUUCAUUUCUUCUAUAUUCUGAAGAUAGAAAUUUCUAUGUUUUCCACCCCAAUUCAUAGAUCUUUGGUACAAGUUUAUGUGAUAAAAGAAAUGUGUUUUCUUUUUCCUUCUUUGCAUUUUUAAAGGAAGCCAAGUAUUUAUCUCUUAUCUCUAAUUUAAUAAAUACCUAUUUAGUAAACAUUCA